GGUGUCAGUUGGUUGUCAAUUUUGACAGUUAGUUUUUAGGUUAUUUUUAUUGCAAAAUAGCAUCCACGUAUUUAUUCAGUGAUGUCACUGAUAUUUUUUUAAAAACAUACUUGAAGCUAGUAAUAAAACAUGGUUUUACGUCGAUCUAAAGGAUACCAAGACAUUGACGGUAGCACAAGUACAGCUCCAACUACUAGAAAUGAACUUAAUGACGACGACAAUUCGUUACCCCAAGAUAUUGAAAUGGCAUCAGUUUCGGUGGUUCCUGAUGAUACAUUCACGGUGACUCAAGCUGUGAAUGCACUUGGAUUUGGGUGGUUCCAAGUCAAGCUUUCGUUAUGGACUGGCUUGUGUUGGAUGGCUGACAGCAUGGAAAUGACGAUAUUAUCAAUUUUAUCCCCAGCUUUGCAUUGUGAUUGGCAUAUUUCGAGGUACCAACAAGCCUUAACAACUACUGUGGUUUUUCUGGGAAUGAUGUUAUCAUCAACCUUUUGGGGUAAUUUAAGUGACCGAUAUGGACGUAAACACGCUUUAACAUUAUGUGCAGUUUUACUUUUUUAUUAUGGUUUAUUAAGUGCUAUUGCUCCUAGUUUUAUGUGGAUUUUACUACUCAGGGGUUUAGUAGGUUUUGCUAUUGGAUGCACACCUCAAUCUGUUACGCUUUAUGCAGAAUUUUUACCCACAAAACAGAGAGCAAAGUGUGUUGUUUUGCUUGAUUGUUUUUGGGCGUUGGGCGCAUGUUUUGAAGUUGCUCUUGCAUUAGUGGUUAUGCCCACAUUAGGUUGGCAGUGGUUAUUAGCACUUUCCACAGGUCCUUUAUUAGCUUUUGCUUUAGUUUGUCCUUGGUUACCUGAAUCAGCUAGGUUUCAUGUUGCAAGUGGGCAAACUGACAAAGCUUUAGAAACAUUGGAGAAAAUUGCUAAAGACAAUGGUAAACCCAUGCUGCUUGGACGGUUGGUAGUAGAUGAUGCUACUACUUCGUCGCCACAUAGAGGGCGUUUCAGAGACUUACUGGUGCCAUCUCUUAGAAGAACAUCUCUUUUACUAUGGUUUAUUUGGAUGGCUUGUGCUUUUUGCUACUAUGGAUUAGUUUUAAUGACUACUGAGCUUUUUGAAACUUCAAGUAUUUUAUGUUCAAGAACACCAUUACCCUCUCAGACUCUUGAUACUUGUGCAGCUGAUUGCAAACAGCUGCAAACUACAGAUUAUAUGGAUCUGUUAUGGACAACACUAGCAGAAUUUCCAGGUAUAUUUAUUACAAUAUUUACCAUUGAGCGAUUUGGACGGAAAAAAACGAUGGCUGUACAGUUCGUGGUAUAUGCAGUUUGUUGUUGCUUUCUCAUGGUUUGUUCAGAAAAACGUGUUUUUCUGACAGUCAUGUUGUUCUUGGCGCGUGGAAUUAUUGCAGGAGUAUUUCAAGCAGCUUAUGUUUAUACUCCAGAAGUGUACCCAACUUCAUUAAGGGCCGUUGGGGUAGGAUCUUGUAGCGCUAUGGCUAGGUUGGGUGCUAUGGUUACGCCUUAUGUGGCACAGGUUCUUUUGAAGAGUUCUAUCUCAUUUGCAACCACUAUUUAUACUGUAGCUGCAUUAAUGGCUGCAGUGGCUUGUUUAAUAUUACCAUUUGAAACAACUGGGAAGGAGCUGACGGAAAAUGUUCAGCAGCACGCAAACGCAAACGUAAGGACCAAUGGAACAACUACAAACUAAUUUCUCCACUUACAAGACUGCUCAGUAUUACAAUGUGGUAUUUUACUAAUGAUAUUAAACCAAAGUACUUAAGCUUUUUGCACUUUACCAUAGACAUAAUGUUGUUGAUAUUGAUUUUAUUUAUUUAUUUAUUCAUGUUUUUUUAUUUAAUUUAUUUUAGUUGUAAGAUGCAACUUGGUGUUGGCUAUUUUGUAAUUUUGAACUAAUAAAAUGAGAGCUUCCAAUUUAUAUAAA